GACCUCUGUUUCAGCUUAGUUCCACUUCCAAGGAUCUUCUGGUGACAGGUGGACGUGUCUAUCUUCAUCUCUUCGUCGUAGUGGAGGAGCGUCUCUUGUUUGGUUACCAGCAAGACUGUCCUUCGCACCUGGCCGACUUGGGCCACUUCGCAGAUCCAUACUUGAAGUGCCCUGCAGCCGUCAAGAAAACUAAGAUAUUACUGUCAAGUUUGUCAAUAAGUGGUUUACUUCUGGGCAUAAGAUCUGCAAGACUAUCUACACAUACACCACACACACACACCUGAUUUCGUAAUCCGGACCUAUUUGCACCUUGAUAGAUAUUGGAUGUGAAAAAAGCUAAAGAUGUGAUGAGUCCGAUGCACGGAGUCAAGUCUUCUGAACACUUUAAACAGUUCAAGGUGCUAGAACUCUCUCUAAUUGAGCAUCAAGAGGAAACGCCACAGCAGUACAACUAGCUCUAACACGAUGGCAAACGUGUCUUAAGUAAGUUAUUAAAGCACUGUGAAGCAUCAUGACACUACUGGAGUGUACCGCCCCGUACGACGGCGCCGCAGCCUUCUCUGUGAACCCGAAGGCCCGGCUCUUCGGUAAGUCUUCCAAGGCCUUUCAUUUCAGAAAAGAUUCGGAGAUUUGUAACUUGGGUGAGGAUUGUUGGAUGCCUCCAGGGCUGUUCAGAUGCCGUAGUCAGAGUGGCGUGUCCUUACCUCGGCAGCCAGGUACUCAGGCUAAGCACAACGGACGACCAGAGAACAAAGAUUGCGGCUACCAGUCUUCAGAGAGUCUACAAGCAACAGAAGCGAAGUGUUUAAUGAAAGGAUCAACAAGCCUAUUCUCCGGUGUCAACAUAGACCCAUUUAAGACUGGUGGGGAUGAGCCUCGGGUUUACCUUAACUCUGAGGAUAUCCCGGAGGAAGACUGCGACCAUAAGUCUUUCGACGAUGUUGAAGCGGAAAAUAUAAAACCACGACCACCCAACCCUCUCCUGACGUCGGGUGUCCACCGAAGUCUACUGUGCUGCACAAACGGCAGCUUUCAGGGAAGUUCGAGAGUCUUCAGCGAAUUCGAGUCUAACUGUGGGUGCACUACACGAAACUUAGUCGACUGGUCCACACGGGUCUCCUGGACCAGCCUCAACCUCAGACACCAGUACAAAGUCCGCGAAGUGACCUACCUCAGCCCCUACAGGUCCUCGGGUUUCAAGUGGGUUGCCCCAUACCUUCUGCACUAUGGGACAGUGUAUGGGUUCAAACAACUGGCUUCUCCUCUUCUUGAAAAAGGGACGGCGGCAAUGGAGAUAUCAUACAGGCCCCAGGUGACGGAAGCCGCGUCCAUGGCCAUCGUCAAGGAGGAAUCAUCGUCAGAAUUUAUUUCUUCCACCGCUGCUGAGAACCUAGGUGAGAGACCGUUCGUGUGCGAGCAAUCCGGAUGCGGGAGAGCCUUUUGCAGAAACGAGGAACUUACCCGACACUCCAGGAUCCACUCCGGACACAGACCGUUUCUUUGCCAGAAGUGUGGGCGACGGUUCGUUCGGCGGGACCACCUCACCAAACACCAGCGGACUCACCUGCCUGUACACGCCAAGUGCACUUACGCCUGCCCCUUACCUGCCUGCCUUCACAGGUACACCAGGUCGGACGCCCUCACAAGACACAUGUGGACGGCGCACCACAUUCGCGCGCGUCAACCCACACGCCCUCUUGCUGCGGUCCUGUCCGCCGGGUCUGCGCACCUGUCACCCGGGUUUACGUCCCUGUCUCUUGGAUCUGCGCCCCUGUCUCCCGAAGCUGCGCCCCCGUCUCCCGGAUCUGCGCCCCUGUCUCCCGGAUCUGCGCCCCUGUCUCCUGGAUCUGCGCCCCUGUCUCCCGGAUCUGCGCCCCUGUCUCCCGGGUCUGCGGAUAUCACUCCAUCAACAUACCAUUCACCCUGGAAUGCAGUCUUAUCACCCACAUGUGCACCACUGUCGCGCACAUUUGCUGUUCCACCAUCCACAUUUGCUGUUCCACCAUCCACAUCUACAUCCACAUCCACAUCUCCCACACCUGAAAUACCUCUAUCCUUAAGAUCAUCCAUCACCCUCCUGUCAGCCCCAAUCAAGAUCUUGAACCCCUGUAUAACCUGAGUCACUUUUCAUCAAAUAACAAUGUGCUUGUGAUCAUUUUGAUGUGCAAUAAAGACGAAUCAUUUAUCUUUUUGUGUUUAAAUCUCAAGGAGUUAUUGCAAAGGAGAACUGCGUGGUAGAGGCGACAGCUCUCAACUGUGAUAUAGUUAACAUGGGAUUUCAGGAAUGUGGUGUUUAUAAGAGGUGUCUAUUUAAUACGUGGUAUACAAGUGCCUCCGGUGGUUGCUUUUUUUGCCUUACCAACCACUUAUUGUCUUUGCUUGAUGGGUUUGAUUAUGCUC